GAUGGGAGGUGAAGGGCGGAGAAGGCAACGUGCAAGUGCAGUUUGACAUGCGGCGCGUACAGCAGGUGUGGCGGCGGCGAGUUGAGAUGCGGGAGAGGGAGGCAAGGGAGAAGAGGGAGGGAAGAAGGGGAGUGGAAGGCCGCGGUAGUGGUGAUAGGCAGAGGAGCUUCGCAGCAGUGUCGGUGACAGAUUGUGCGAGUAAUGCUGCACACAGCAAUGGAGGAAGGAUGCUUUAG